AUGGCCUCUUGCAUUCCAAGUACAUUACACAUUGUUAAGCCUGUCUUUGUCAUUACUCCAGGAAUAAAUGUUUCCUUCUUCAGUACCAGUCACAGCAUAUUAUUGGAAAUUAGUGAAGUAUCUGUAAAGGAAGCUGACUCCUUUCUCAAAACAGGAGCAGUGAGAGUGCAGAAAAUUAAUGCAAAGCUUCAUGAUGGGGUAUGUCAUCACUGUAAGGAGGUCUUGGAGUGGCGUGUAAAAUUCAACAAAUAUAAACCACUGUCAAAGCCGAAGAAAUGUGUGAAGUGUCUCCAAAAGACUGUAAAGGAUUCUUACCAUAUUAUUUGUAGACCCUGUGCUUGUGAGUUAGAAGUGUGUGCUAAAUGCGGAAAGGAAGAAGAAAUUGUUGUUCCGAUCAGUAAAGGACCAGAGAAGACUGAGGACGAGACUACUGGAAAUUGCCAAAGAAGGAUCAAUAGAAGAGAUGAGUCAGAGGAAAGUGAUGAUCUGGAUUUGGACAUUGACUUAAAUGGCAUGGACAAUAAGAAUCCUGACAUGCUGGAGGAAAAUUAUUAAAUAUGAAAGUCUGAAAUAUAAAAACAUGAAGUUUGAAAGGGCAGAAGUCUGAAAUUGUUCAUGUAGAAUCUUAUAUGGAAGACUAGAGUUCUAGUCAGGAGAUUAUACAACUGAAGAAAAAAAAAGUCAGUGAUAACCUACCUCGUAUUUCCACUGUGACAGUUCAGUUGGACAUUUGAGUUCUUGACACAGUAGAAGAGAAACAUUUAUAUUUGAAUGAGAUUCUGCAAUAUACAGUUUGAAUGUGUCAUUUUCUGUGAUAUAGGAAGUUAUGGAGCCUUUCAACCUACAGGCCACUGGUUUUAACAAUUAUCCUGAUUGACACUUAUUGUCAUGUGGUAAGUGUUCUGUGGUUUGUGCUAAGUGGAUUGUCGAUCUCAGGCUGAAGUAUUAUAAAUGAAUGGCCCUGUCACAAAAAGGAAAGCUAGCUCUACUUUUUAACAAUUUAAUGAAGGAUUUUAGAUACUAAGCUACUUUAUUAGACAUGCUAAAAUAAUCCAGAACAGGGUUCUGCGAUGUAUCGCCACUACCCUCACACUUACUGCUCAUUUCUUGUAAGUAGAGAAUCUGAACACUUAUGGUAGUUCUCAUAAGCAACACUUCUUCAGUUGACAUCAUUAACACGUUAAAUGUUAAAUGACAAGUUUAAAUCCUUUGAAGAUUCUCAGUGAGCUGACCACAAACCUAUUGUUUUGGUUAGUGUAGUUUCACACAGCUGAUCUUUCCUUUGUGAGUUGUAUUUUUAAUUCUGUUUGCCUUUUGAUGUAAAGUGUCCUCUAGUGUCACUCACAUGUAACUGCAUUUAUUUUUCAGCUGCAGAGUUGCCGUGGUUGAGCUGUAAUCUAGUUCACAUGUGUGUUUUUUGUAGGAACAGUCUCUCUGAAAUUAAAGCCCAUCAUUUUCUACGUUAUAGAAAAAUAACUUUCUAGAACACCUUAAUGGGGAAGGCUUAACUAAAUCUAUUAGAAUAAAAUAAUCCUUUUAUUACUUGAAUUCAGUAGAACCUUUUGGUAGUGUGAUUUGCAACCUGAAAUACUGCAAGAAAUAAAAACGGUUUUAUCUGCUGUGGCAAUAGAUUGAGGCCAGAAAGGACCACAAGGAUGAACCACAUGUGACUCUUCGUAGAGUUUCCCAGUUCUAAGGGACCUUGCUUAGAGUGUUCAUCUGACCUACCAAAGUGCCAUCUCAGAUGCCCUGAAAUUUGCAGCCAAAGGUUGAAUUCCUAAACUACACUUCCCCAAAGUGUGUUUUUUAACCCAUGUGAGGCAAUAGGGCUGGCUCCCAGUACACUGGAACUGCUACCCAAUUGAUCUUUUUAUUGUACCAGUUUGAGCACCCGGAGUCAGACUCUAAAUGAUGAAAAAAAAUUGCAUGCAGGCUGCCAGAGAAUGUUGAGCAUAUGAAGUAGGGAUGUAAGCGACUAGUUGACUAUUCAGUGAACCUAGGCUUAUCAGGUAGUUGAGACACUACUUUACUAGUCGCUUCUCUCUUGCUGCCUCUAUGUAUAUGAAAUUCCAUUGAUUGGGUGAUUAGCUGAUUAAAUGCAAUUUAACAUCCUUAAUAUGAAGGUAAGGGAUAGGCCAAAAAUGGGGUAUAAAAAUGAAAUGUUUUGCAUAAAGAGCAGCCAUCUUACGAACCAACCUGGUAUAUGUGGCUAGCCACAUUAUACUGCAUGGAAAUAUUUCCAACCCUUGUACAAUGUUCUCUUGCCUAUAGAGUUGCCAACUCUUCAGGAUUAGCCUGGAAUCUCCAGAAAUUAGAUACUGUCAUGUGAUAUAAUCUCCAGGAAUUCAUCCAAACAAAAUUGGCAACCCUACUUUCCUAACUUUUGUUUACACAGAAAGUAAUACCUCCCUGGUCUGGCACCCUUGGAUCUUGAGUGGUACAGGACCAGGGAGUUUGCGGGACCAGGGGAGGUCAAUGCUCCCCUGAUGCUGGCUUCUCUCCUUAGGACUCCCCACCCUGCUGCUGCCCUGCUAAUGCUGGCCAGCCGGAGUUACUCCAUGCUGCUGCUGGGGGUUUCCCCACAGCUUCCCUAUUGCAGCUAGCCCUGCAUGGCCAUUGACUGCCAUGCUGCUGUGAGGCAGCUCAACCAUCCUUCCCUGGGAUCUCUGGCCAGGACUGCUGGGUUACCCAGUGGUAGUGGAGCCAUUUCCCUGCCAGGCCUUGGGUUCCUGGCCGUCACCUGGCCUUGCUGAUGCUUGGGAUUUCCGGUUGGGGCUCCCUGGCCAUCCCCUAGGCCCUACUGAUGCCAGGGGUUCCCUGCCCCUGCUGGCCCAGCCAGGACUCCCCAGCCCCUCUUUUCCCAGCUGGUUCCCAUUCCUGGUCUUUACACAAGCACCACUGCUAACAUUGCAGGAUUAAUUGCCUCAUGCAAAAUAUCACUUGGGGCCUGAUUUUACAUUGUGCGGAGUGCAAGGGCCAGGUUCAUUUGAUGGUUUGCAUCAGGUCUAGUUAAAGUAGUGCGAAAAUUGAUUGUACAAUUGAACUUAACUCCAGUUGCUGCUAUGAUGAAGCUGACCUGUAGUUAAUGUCUGCAGUAAAAACCCAUGAGUUUUUAAAAUACACCUACAUAAAGUUGUCUUUAAGAUGAAGAUCUGUGCCGUGUGCAAUGCCUUUGAAAAUCUGGAGGUUCUAGUUUUAUGCCAAAACAUGAAACUAAUGCCAAUUGACUUUACAUAUCCUAUAGUAGGACAAAAAGGAAUCUAAAGCACUGAAGACAUUAAAAUACAGUAUUUUCCUGGGGUAAAUAAACUUGAGUGCCUGUUUCAGACACAUUUAUAGUUAUGAGGUCUUUGAUUCUGAGCUUGGUCAAGAAUUUCUAAAUGGGCAUCUCCAUUGACAUGAAUGGAACUAGGAGAAACGGUAGUUCGGAGUAGGAAGCCUAGUCCGAACUACCGGACAUUUAAAAAUGGCAGCGCCCGGCAAC